AUGCGCUCUUUUCGGGCCGCAAUACACGAGCAGGUGGCUGGCUUCUACUUACUUCAGGAGACACACGUGGAUCCCAAAGACGUAGACUAUUUCUCCAAUCCACACGGGGCAGGCUGGGGUUUCCGGACUGGACACGGUGCCUCGUUAUACUCGCAUUGGGCACCAGCCAGAGACAAAAAAGCAGGGGUGGCAGUAUUGAUUAACCCAUAUGGCCAGCUGCAGGACGUGACACCUAUAUAUCCUACCAGGUGGCCUCCGCAUUUCAUGGCAGUACAAGGAUUCUACAAAGGAAAGUGCAUCGUGGUGUUCAAUAUAUAUACACCGCAUCGCCCUCGAGAUCGAGAGCAAUUUUACCGUUCCCUGGGAGAUUUGGAGAUACCAUGUGGAGCUUUGUUCGUUGUUGGCGGGGAUUUCAAUUGUACUCUGGACGCAGUGGCAGAUCGCAGUUACACCUCUACUAGUUCCUCGCAUAACUCCCCCGCGUUGAAAGCACUUCUAGCAAUAUGGAGGCUCGUCGCCUCGGUUGCGAUUGAACGUCCGCAGGACUGGACGUCAGGUGAACUGCGCCGACAUCACCACUUAUCAUUACCAUUGACGAACGGAAGAGAAACCUCAUCGAGGCUGGAUAGGUGGUAUGUGGGUCCACUACUUGCGAGAUGGAUCGACAGGACCGAGGUGGUGGAUCCAGCAGUCCACACAGAUCACAGAGCUCCAUUACGGACGGGAUGGCUGCAUUGUCCCUACAGAAUUUCACAGGGACUUCGGCAUUUGCACGCGUUCGGAGGGCGAUAG